GACUUCCAGUUCAGAAGUGAUCUGAAGCCACCUGUGUGUGAGUGAGUGUGUAUCUCUGUGCUCCCACAACAAGGAGGAACCAUGGUCAGCCGAUUUGAGCACCCUGCUGGUGGAUACAAGAAGAUCUUUGAGACAGUUGAGGAGUUAUCGGAGCCUGUCCCUGCAACAGUCACAGGUAGGAUUCCUUCAUUUCUGAAGGGAAGUCUUCUUCGUCUGGGCCCUGGCCUGUUUGAGGUUGGAGAUGAGCCUUUCUACCACCUCUUCGAUGGCCAGGCCCUCAUGCACAAAUUUGACUUCAAGAAUGGCCAAGUCACCUACUUCAACAAGUAUAUUAAAACAGAUGCCUAUGUGCGUGCCAUUACAGAGAAGCGCGUGGUGAUCACUGAAUUUGGCACCUUUGCCUACCCAGAUCCCUGCAAAAACAUAUUCUCCAGGUUUUUCACUUACUUCAAGGGUGUUGAGGUGACAGACAACUGCCUGGUGAACGUUUACCCCAUUGGUGAAGAUUACUACGCCGUCACAGAAACCAAUUACAUCACUAAAGUCAACACUGACACGCUGGAUACGCUGAAGAAGGUGGACUUGUGCAACUACGUCAACAUCAAUGGAGUGACAGCCCACCCACACAUUGAGAAAGACGGAACAGUGUUCAACAUCGGAAACUGCAUGGGGAAAGGAGCAUCGCUGGCCUACAACGUUGUCAGAAUCCCACCCACACAGAAAGACAAGUCAGACCCCAUUGAAAAGUCCAAGGUGGUGGUGCAGUUCCCCAGUGCCGAGAGGUUCAAGCCCUCCUAUGUGCACAGCUUUGGCAUGUCGGAGAACUACUUUGUCUUUGUGGAGACCCCUGUGAAAAUCAACCUGCUGAAGUUCCUCAGUGCCUGGAGCAUCCGAGGCUCCAACUACAUGGACUGCUUUGAGUCCAAUGAGGUUCUUGGGACAUUGUUCCACAUCGCCAGAAAGGACAUUGGAGGAGGACAAGGAGAAUACAUUGACCAUAAGUUCAGAGCCGCUCCCAUCAACCUGUUCCAUCACAUCAACACUUAUGAGGACAAUGGCUUCAUCGUGGCUGACGUGUGUACAUGGAAAGGGUUUGAGUUUGUGUACAACUACCUUUGGCUGGCCAACCUGCGCUCCAACUGGGAGGAGGUGAAGAAGGCAGCCAUGAUGGCACCUCAGCCAGAGGUCAGGAGAUACGUCAUCCCACUGGACAUCCACAGGGAGGAGCAGGGAAAGAACCUGAUCUGCCUGCCGUACACCACAGCCACAGCAGUGAUGCGUACUGACGGGACCAUCUGGCUGGAGCCAGAGGUGCUGUUCUCUGGGCCCCGCCAAGCCUUUGAGUUCCCUCAGAUCAACUAUGAGAAGCACGGUGGGAAGAACUACACAUAUGCCUACGCCCUGGGCCUCAAUCACUUCAUUCCUGACAGGAUCAUCAAGCUGAACGUGAAGACCAAGGAGACCUGGGUGUGGCAGGAGCCGGACUCCUACCCCUCAGAGCCCCUCUUUGUGCAGACCCCCGAUGGCGUGGAUGAGGAUGAUGGAGUUCUGUUGACCGUUGUAAUAUCCCCCGGGGCCCAGAAGUCAGGGUACAUGCUGAUCCUCAAUGCCAAGGACAUGUCAGAGAUCGCCAGGGCAGAGGUGGACUGCCCUAUGCCCGUCACCUUCCACGGAAUGUACAAGAAAUAACAUGUCAACAAUCCUCAAGGCACAAAGACUAGUAGUCACCAUUCCAGGCUAUUCAAACUAACUAAGCAUCAAAUUUAACUCAGCAUUAGAACAAAUAAAUAAACAAUGACAAAGUAUAGGCUACAAAUAACUUGCCUUGUUGUGUCAGCAAAAUGAUUUGAAGUCAUUCAACUUUCUGCAACCUAUGAUUCAGUAUGGUUGAGCAUCCAUUUUGGUGAAAAUGUGCCAUUUCGUUGUAUGAAUGGAACCUGCUGGUAUCAGGGCAUUAGUAGGCUUCCUACAAUUAUUUCUCAGUGAGCCCACAGCAUAACAAGAUCAGCGGCACCUCAGUGACAACACCCUGAUUGGUUAAUACCAUUUUUGUGUCAGUGCUGGAAAUCAAUGAGUUUGUUCAAAGUACCAUGUCUCUUGAGUACUUCAGGGUUGGAAUAAUUAAAAUAUAAUCAAAAUA